CACUCCAGAGCCACGUUCUUUCCAUUUUCUCUCGCCGGUUAAAACAUAAACCACACAGAAAACACGCGACGACCAACCAACAAGAAAGAAAGAAUAAGAAUGUCUGCGACGGCAAUUUUUUCUCUAACAAACUCUAAUGCCGUCGCCGCCGUGUUCGGCAACCGGAAACUCAACAGCGCCGUAGCGAAACCCAGUUCGAGAUAUUCAACUUCUUCGUCUUCUCUGUUGAAGCCUCCGCCUCUUGCUUCUAGAUUCUCCCCUUUGAUUUCACCAACUAGAUCUUCUUCGGUGUUCAGGAGGUUCAACACGCUCAUGGAGUGGCAAGAAUGCAAAGUAAAGAAGAAGGUUGAAGUGCCUGUCUCAGUUGCUUAUGGACUCUACUCUGAGCGAGAGUCGAUUCCUACAUGGAUGACUUUCAUUUCUUCCGUUAAGGUACUCAAGGACAAAUCUGAUUUGUCUCGCUGGACUUUGAAGUAUAAAGCGUUUGGUCAGAAUAUUGAGUACUCUUGGCUCGCUAAGAACUUGCAGCCUCUCCCGAAUCAGAAAAUACACUGGAUUUCUCUAGAAGGCCUUCCCAACAGGUCUUUGCCCUUUUUUCUUAACAGGGGUACUGUUCGUUUUUUCCCACAAGGACCUUCAUCAUGUGAAGUGGAACUAACCUUUGCGUACGAAGUUCCGCUGCUACUUGUACCAUUUGCAACUGCGCUUCAACCGCUAAUGCAAGGAAUGAUCAAGGACAGUUUGGAUCAAUUUGCAGAGAUAGCAAAAGGUACAAAGACCACUUAGUUACACAACACAAGACAAACAGCAAUACUUUUAUCCAUAAUACACGGAAUUUGCACAGAGAAUAUCAUUGUUGUGACGGCAAAGUUACCAUAUAUUUUUUUUAACAGAAGUGUUCAUGUCAAGAAAUAACUUUAUAUAUACAGUCACUACAUUUUAAUC